GUUACUUUAUUUUUUUGUAUAUUUUGUACUAUAAAUAUGUUGUAUAAUUUAGAAGGCUAGGAUAUGUGCUGAUACUGUUCGUUUUGUAUAACAAACUGACUGAUAAUCACAGUAAAUACACAAAUAUACAAUGAGUGAAGUUAGUAAAACAGAUGCACCAAUGCCAGAGAGGCACGCGGGGGACAAGAACCCUCGAGCGGUGCGUUGUUCAAUUUGCACUUGCAAAAUACUGAAUGCAAACUUGGGAGUUUACACUGAUAUAACAAAGGACCUCCCGGAGACGAGCCUCAAGGCGAAAGAAGUCUCGACUAUUGAAGCGGUGACUGGAUUUUGGGAAGUCUCGGAUAUGUUCGACUUCGAGAAUGUGGGCUUCUCCCACUCAGUGAAAGAAGAUAAUAGCGAAGACUUGGUCAAGUAUCUGACAUGCGCGGACUGUGAGUAUGGUCCGAUUGGAUGGUGUUUGCACGCACACUCGCAGGAGGGUGCGAUAAAGAAGUCCUUCUACUUGUGCGCGACGGAAAAACGGAUCAAGUACGAGUGAUGAGAGGCUUGGGUGGUUGGGAGUUACAGAGGAGAGAAAUACAACACAGUGACCUUUAUUCAUACUAGCGAAACAAAAUAUAUUUUGAAUAUAAUGAUAUAUCUACGGAUUUACACCAAUUUCAAUCUCAACUCUAUUAGCGACGCACUCGACGGUGACCAACACGAGUCGAGAGACGUACCAGUUUCAGUCAGAAGGUGUAGGGUGGUGUUGCUAUCUGUAAAAAAUUCAAGAUCAGAUGCACUACUAAUGUGACUAUCGCCUAACACCUCAAG